CGCAGCAUCCUGCCCUCGCGAUUCUCUCUAAAAGAUUGAGACAGCUUAAGGCGUUCAACCUGGAGAAGAGAAGGUUUCAUGGAGACCUUCGACCCCCUCUCAGUGCCUAAAGGGGCUCCAAAAGAGCUGGAGAGGGGCUUGGGACAAGGACAGGGAGAGGCAGGAAAAGGGGGAAUGGUUUUCCACUGACAGGGGGCAGGAUUAGAUGGGAUACUGGGAAGCAAUUCUUGGCUGUGGGGGUGGUGAGGCCCUGGCACAGGUUGUCCAGUGAGGCUGUGGCUGCUGCAUCCCUGGAAGUGUUCAAGACCGGGUUGGACAGGGCUUGGAGCAUCCUGGGAUAGUGGAAGUUGUUCCUGCCCAUGGCAGGUUGGAACUGGACCCUCCCACCCAAACCAUUCAGUGAUGAAAAGAAGGUAACAAAUGGACACAGGUCUGUAGGAAACCCCCGCACUGGUUCCACCAGUCACAACACAACUCUGUGCUCUCAGCUCGCCAGUGCAUCUGCUCCGUCAGAAAACCAGCACUUUGUCUGGAGCCCAUAAAUACAGAAAUUAGGAACCCAUAAAUACUGGAAUUAAAUGACCAUUAAGAAAUUACCCUGAGGCUUACGGUGGACCAGCUCCAAGGCUUUAGUCCCACCCCACAGUCCUUGUGUGAGGAUACAGAUUUGGGGUUUGGAGCAGCCAACGGUGGAUGGAAGGUGUGGGAGCACAGGAAACCCACAUCAAGGUGUGUGAUAACGCCUCUCUUUCCUCAUACAUUGUCCAACUUAGUGAGUAACAACAUUAAAUUUUGACCUUAUAUUCCACAAAAUGCCACUGCACUGAAAAUGUGAAUGUGAACUACAGUUCGCUGACAAGUGCAGAGAAUAUCUCACAAGGAUUUUGUGAGUACGAAAGGAGCAAGUGAAUUCUAAUUUAGAAGCCAGGAUGGAGGUCUUGAUGCCUGAACCUCAGAUAUAUGUGGAAAGAACUCUGGCUAUCAUCAAACCAGAUGUCAUUGAUAAAGAAGAAGAAAUAGAGGAUCUCAUUCUCCGAUCAGGAUUCCACAUCAUUCAGAAACGGAAGCUCCAGUUAAGCCCAGAGCAAUGUAGCAACUUCUACGCAGAACAAUUUGGAAAAGUGUUUUUUCCUAAUUUAACUGCCUAUAUGAGUUCUGGUCCUAUAGUUGCCAUGGUUCUUGCUAGAAAUUGUGCAGUCUCAUACUGGAAGGAAUUGCUUGGACCACCCAACAGCCUAAGAGCUAGGAUAACUCACCCUCACAGCUUAAGAGCACUCUAUGGGACUGAUGGGCUGAGGAAUGGGCUCCACGGCAGUCUCAGCAUCUCCUCAGCAGAGAAAGAAAUUCGAUUCAUAUUUCCAGAAGCAAUCUUGGAGCCAGUUCCCACUGGACAAAGAGCUCGGGAUUACCUGAACCUGUACGUGAAGCCCACGCUGCUGGCAGGGCUCACUGCCCUGUGCAAAGAGAAGCCAGCAGACCCCAUGAUCUGGCUUGCUGACUGGCUGAUUGAGCACAAUCCCAAUAAACCCAAACUACAACAUCGUAUAUCUCAAUAAGAGUAUCGGCGGUGAGAGCUUGGUGGAACCCAUCUCACACAUUCCACAUUACAGCUUUGUUAUUGUCAUUUUCGGUGUGUCCUUUGUGUAACCAAUACUACCUAAAGUAAAUGCAUUUGUCAUAACUACUUGUGUCCUCAUGGGAUAAAUAGCCUUACACUUAACCAGGAUGUAGUGGUUCUAGUACCUUCUCUGCUGACAAAGUGAAUGUAGAAUUACACAAUAAAUUUAUGGCAUUAGGUGAAUAGAAAAAGAUAAUGUUCUCAGUGGGUGUGACUUACUGCUAUUGUCCACAUUUUUCUUGGUUUGUCUGUGUGGGAGAACAAAAUCCUUUACAGCAGUGUGGAUUCCCAAAUGACAUCCACCUGUCCUUUGAGAAGCCAAGGGCUGUGUUUCAGCAAUUUUUUAGCAUAAAUACAGUCAUGAAGGAAGGUACUUGGUUAUAAUGUAGAAAACAAUUACUGGAGGCAUAUUAGCAACUUUGGAAUUUUAAUUGCUGAUUACAUCACCCAGCUAAGGUUGUUCUUGAAGAUCAUUCACUGAAGUCUGAUGUUUUAGGCAGAAUGUAAUUUGAAAGAGUUAUUUGAAGGUAAAGUCAAUGCACUUAUCCCAUCUUGGUGGCAAAAGGUGCAGUGACUAUAAAUAAUAAGAUGUAUUUUAGUCAAGGACUAAGGUUGUCUUCCAACAUUUGUUUGCAAUAAAGAUUCUUAAUUGGAACAGCUCCCCUUAAGAGUGUUUUCUGCGUUCUCCUGCUCCUAAAGGUACACAGAUUUCUGUCAUUUUCCUCAAACUUUCAUGUGUUCUGUUGAAGAAUUUCAUGAGAGUGCUCUUCCAGAAGCAGUGGGUUAAUCCCAUGCUGUUGCCUUUUAUGAAGUAACUAAACUGUUUUUGGGGAUGUGGGGGUUUUUAAUUUUCCUCAAAGAGCUGUACUUAUGCUGUUAACUUCAAGGUUUGUAUCUUAUGGUUUGACUGGCUAUAAUGAAGAAAACAUAAUAAUUUUCAUAACUCUGGAAUGAGAGUAUGCUUGGCUAAUACUAAACAAACAAGCAAUUUCAUAAUUUGUUUCAUAAAAAAACUUGCUUCCACAAUUUGAGUAAUUAUGGGAAACAUAAGUCAUUUGUCUGUAACAUCAAACUUUGUUUAAAUGAAUUGUUUAUCUUUUCAGUGGAACAAACCGCUAUUGCCAGUCCAGAUAAUAAACAUUUAGAAACAGGUCCCUAAAGUACCAAGACCUAAAAAUCUUUGGAUUGCUAGGAUAAGGAAAGAAAAGAAAGCCCAAACCCUCAAAUAAUGAAAAAUAAAAGUAUGAGGUGCUUAGAAGAUACGUUUACAACGAGUUUAUUUUGCCUAUAAUUAUUGUCUCCAUAUGUGUCUGAUUGCUCCAAUUACAGGACAGUUGUGCUUUGUGGUUGCCUGUCAGCCAAAUAAAAAAAUCCAUUUUCUGAAGAUGCCAGAAGCUAAAAUCCAGUGAAUUCACAAGACAUUUCCCUGUAUUUUGUUAGUUACUAUGUCAUUUGCUGCUUGUUUUGAUGUGCUACUGUUUGACAAUAAAUACAUCCUUUAUGU